AUGAAAUGGGCAUUAGCAUUUCAGGACGAGGAAAAGUUUCGUAGACGUGAGCAAGAGCAUCCAGAAAGAGAGCUGGAGCAUGCCUUAUCAUCGAAGUACGAAAGCUUAAACUAUGAAAUUUCUGAGAAUCAGCUUUACCGAGAUGAAGAGGGAAAUCCCGAUCAUCAUAUGAAACUUUGGCACAGAUCGCGAAAUCGUUGGAUUGUAUGCUUUCUUAUUGGUGUUAUUACCGCCCUUAUUGCUGCAGCAAUUGACAUAAUGGUCCACUAUAGUCAGCAAAUCAAGUUUAGAAUUAUUAUCAAGCGAUUACUUUCAAAAUGCGACAAAGAGACCGACCUCACUGGAGCCGGUUGUAUGUGGACGGUCGAGAUAGCUUGGAUGUGCUACAACUGCCUUCUUGUAGGGGUAGCCGGUUUUUUGGUAAUCUUUUGGUCCCCAGUUGCUGGAGGUUCAGGGAUCCCUCAAAUAAAAUGUUACUUGAAUGGAAUCCAAAUACCUGAAGUUGUAAAGUUAAAGACGCUUAUAUCGAAAGCUGUUGGAGUUGCUUGCGCAGUUGGAGGAGGCCUAUCCGCUGGAAAAGAAGGACCGAUGAUUCAUUCAGGAGCUGUCGUUGGCGCAGGUAUUUCCCAAGGUCGAUGUCGAUCUGUGCCGUUUGAUACUGGGUUGUUUAAAGAGUUCAGAAAUGAUAGGGAGAGACGAGAUUUCGUGUCGGCUGGGGCUGCAGCUGGGGUAGCAGCUGCCUUUGGUGCACCUAUCGGUGGAGUACUUUUCUCACUCGAAGAAGGAGCUAGCUUUUGGAAUCAGAACCUCACAUGGAGAAUGAACAAGAAUUAUAACAUUUGGGAAGUUCCAUUGUUCUUAAUGGUGGGAAUUAUCGGAGGUUUAACCGGAGCACUAUUUAAUCAUCUCAAUUCAAAAAUGACUGAGUUCAGAAAGAAGUACGUUUCGAACAAAUGGCGUCGAUUAGUUGAAUGCCUUUUAGUGGCCGCAAUAUCUGCAUUUACUGGUUUCAUAACUCUCUUCCUGGUCGACGAUUGUCAGCCUGUUGGUGUUAACCCUAAUAUCACUGAAGUAAACCAAAUGUGGUGUAAGAAGGGAGAAUAUUCUGCUGUGGCAAAGUUAUUCUUCCAGAAUCCAGAAGAAAGUGUGAAGGCUCUUUUCCAUAGUCCUAUUAACUCGUUUCGACCUUGGACGCUUUUGAUUUUUUCUCUUGAAUACUACUUGCUAACUUUAUGGACGUUUGGACUUUCUGUCCCGGCUGGAGUUUUUAUUCCGGCCAUUCUUACUGGUGCGGCAUGGGGUCGUUUCUUUGGGAUCGGCGUUGGCCGUGCAUUUCCAAAUAUUACGGGGAUUGAUCCUGGUAAAUAUGCUCUGGCUGGAGCAGCUGCCCAACUGGGUGGAAUUGUACGGAUGACUAUUUCGCUUACAGCUAUAAUUAUGGAAGCAACGAAGGACAUCACAUUUGGGCUACCAAUCAUGUUAGUUUUAAUGAUCACGAAAUGGGUUGGUGAUAUAUUUAAUGAGGGACUGUACGAUAUACACAUUGAUAUUCAAGAAAUUCCCAUUCUUGGUUGGCAUCCGCCGAAAAUGAGUAGGAACAUUCUAGCUGAGAAAGUGAUGCGUCCUGAUGUGGUUGCAAUGGAGCGCCGCGAACGUGUUGCCAGAGUAUUGGCCGUGCUUAGGGCAACAAGCCACCAUGGAUUUCCUGUUGUUGACAGGAUAGAAGAGUCAGCUCACUCUUCCCUCCCUGAUUAUGGUCAUCUCAAAGGAGUUAUUCUGAGGAGUCAGCUAGUCACUUUGUUAGAGAAGCGAGUUAGUUAUCCUUUUCCUUCCCGGAGCCAGAACUUUUUCACGUCUACAUUGGUGCAUCUUUUGAACCUGUAUAGAUUGUUCGCAUUCAACAAGAAACAGCAGGACAAGUCUGUGGACUCGUUGGGUUUGACAAUGUCCGAUGAACUAUGCUGGAUGGAUCUUGAGCCUUUCAUUCAUCCGCAUCCACACCGAGUCCCUCUAAACGCCUCGUUGUCUUUUAUCUUCCAGCUAUUCCGCGGACUUGGUCUACGUUACCUUGCCGUCGUCAAUGAUGAAAAUAAGCUUCGCGGUAUAAUAACCCGGAAGGACGUUGCCCGAUUCAGGGAACGCCGUUCGAAUAGAAAGUACCAAGUACAGGAGCUAUAUAUUGCGGAAGAUCGAUGA